UACCUGGUAUUUGCCGUUGCUUGCUUUGACACAUAUUCAUAGCAGUGGAAACUGUUUUGCUGCUUUGUUGUAAAUAUUAAGAAGAAAACGCAGAUUAAAUUGCAUUUAUAAAAUGUGCUAAACGUUUUAAAUACUUUAACACAUAAAGUCUAUAUCAUUUUCGUAGUAAAUACAAACAGUCACACAUAUAUACAAACAUAUGUAUAUUGUAUAUUAGUUAUACAAAUGUUUGGGAAAAAAAUAAAUUAAGUCUGUACUAUAAAAGUGUGGAAGAUUGUAAGUGCGUAAGUCAAGUAUCGUAAUAUAGUAAUACACGAUUUGCUACGUGAAAAAAUUAGAAAAAAAUUUAAAAAAAAGUAAGAAGUGAACUUCAAAUUCCUAACAUCAUACGUUGUACAAAAUCGAUAUCUCGCCAAAUCUCGGAAGUGCGUUUUGGACACGUUGAAGCCCAGCGAAGCGGGGAGUGGCAGAGUACUGCAUUUAUUCAGCUCGUGUGUGUGUGUUUUAUCGUGUUACCAGUUAUGAAUGAUUAUGUUUAUAAAUUACAAAUGAAAUAUGAAAUAUAGGAUAUGCAGCAUAAUGCGGAAAUCUAGUUGAUUGUGUGAAUGCCUUGAGUAAAUCUAACGGAAGUGAAAAAAUUUUUUGUUUAAUUAAAUAAAUAAGAUGGUCUUUAAGGCCUGAAACUUAACUAAGGUGUACUGUAUGUGUGUAUGCAAACUUUCAAAAGUGAAAAAUUAAAAUCAAUCGCUGAUAACUUAAAGUUUAAGCGAAAUGCAUUCCGUGGGCAUCCAUUCGGCUAUGGCAAUAAAACGCCAACGUAAACGACGCGAUGAACAGAAACGUGCACGUGAAAGACGUUACAGUACGCAGAGUUCCGAAAGUGGAGAAACAUUUCAUUCGCCAAGUGGUUCCUUUCGACGUAAAUUUCAUCAUGCACAUAGCGUUGCUAAGCCUGGACCAGGCAUGUUGGACAGCCAGGUUGUUACCAGCAUCGGUAUGUUGCACAUUGGCAUCGUAUUUAUAGUAUUUGGAAUAUUCUUAUGCGGUGCUGGUAUUAUACCAGAUGAAACUAUGUCCUGGAAUGUGUUCAGUAGCAGCUCGGCAUGGUGGAAUGAAGUUACUUGCACUGGGCUUUUCUCGCUCGGAUUAGGACUAUUUUUGCUUGUAUUGAAUUGCUUGAUUAGCCGCAAGGAAGAAGAAGAUCUUGAGGAUUAUGUGCAACGACAAUUAACUCGCUCACGAUCUGGUCAUCGUCUGGAGCGUGAUGUCGAAACUGGUGUGCUAACCACACGCCACGCACGCAAAGCUGUGGCUUUACAAAAGAACAUGCGCAAUGGAACUGCCACGGACGUAGCACUAGUGAACAGCGUAUCGGCGGAGGAAGUAGCAAAUGGUCCGUUAACAGGGCGUAACUGUUUAACCAAUUCCGGUGAUAUAGUGCUCGAAAAAAUCGUGGAAGAAGAUAAUACGUAUAUUAAUGAUCGUAGCGCAGGCAUAUCUCCGAUAGAUAUUGAGAACGAUACAAAGCAAUUGCUGAGAAGAGAAUCAUUAAAUGAAACAAUCAAUAUAACACGAAUAUAAAACGUAAUGAUGCAUCUUCACUUUAAUAUUUGUAAACAAAAAUAUGGAAUAUUUUACUAUUUAUUAUAAAGACUUUUAUUUAAACUUAAGCCUUUAAACUAUAAGUGAAAUAUUUAAAUUAAAAAAAACAAAACAUAUACAUAUAUAUAUAACAUAGUUUAAUAAAAAUCCCAUGUGACCAUAUUUUUUAACAAAUGUCUUUUAUAAGUAUUUUCGUAUAUGCAUGUAUACUUAAUUAAUAUGUAAAACUCAAACCAUAAUAAAUAUACACACAAAAAAAUAUGAGUAUCGAUUUGUCGUGCAUAGCCUAAACAAAUAAUUGUUUCAAUUACUUUAAUUACAAUGAAUAGCAGUAUAGUAGAUUAUAUACACACACUACUAUGUAUUGAACCAAAAAGAACUUCUCGAACAACUUUAAAUUAUGUACUAAACGAAUACACACACUUUGCACUUUGAAAUUCAUAUGACUUUAAGAAAAACACAGUUUAUUAUAUGCCGAGUUAUAUUAAAAUAUCACAACAGAGUAAAUUUGUAAAACGAUACAUAUAUACAUAUAAAUGUAUAAAAUAUCAUUGAUACGUUCACGUAAUCAUACGAACCAUAAACAUUUGCAACACUAAUCAUGUAUAAAAUUGCUAAAAACUGAAAAUAUUAUAAUUCAACUGGAAGUUCGAUUUAUUACAAAUAGUCAAACCAGUAACAAAUAAUAAUUGCACAAUUCAAACUCAUGUGAAAAGACUUUUAAUUAUAUACUAAAUAUAUAUGUAUAAAAUAUAAAAAAAAAUUUAAAAAAAAGAAUUCAAUAUAGCUAUAACUAAACUAUAUCCAACGCAUAAACUAUGCUAUAUACAUACAUGUAUAUAUUUUAUAACGCUCUAGUUAAAACUCAAAUAUGUAUAUACAUAUAUAUAUAUAUGUACCAACUAGUUCUACAAAUAUUUUCUCAUUAUUUAUCAACAGCCUUAGUGCUUUAGCAUCAUUCGUCAUUAAGGGAUUGCCUAGCUAAUAAAAUUGAAUUAUACAUUAUGCGCAACAUUUAUAUGCAUAUAAUUUUUUCACUGUAAUAUAAUUUAAUUUAUAAGUUUUUUUUUAUUUUUUAAGCUUAAUUAGUCCGUAAUCUUUUUCGGAGCAUAAGGUUAGUUAAGAUACAUAUAUACACUGACACUUAUACUAUAACUUCAAUUAAUCAUCUAAUUAUAUAUAUAUAUAUUAUAUUUAAUUUACUUUCAAAAGUUUUGUUAGAUAAUUAUCAUAUUUACAUUUUAUACCUUUACGGUUUUUAGUCGUCAUUGCUGUGUUCUCGAAUUGAUGUCGACCUGUCAAAAUUGCUCAUGCUGUUAUUAUUAACAAUUAUCAUUGCUUGACAUCAAAGAAUUUUAUUAGCGUUUUUAUUGCUAAGGUUUUGCUUGAUUAGAUUGAAACUGGAUAGUUAUCAUGUGUAUAUAAAAAAUAACUUUAAAUAGUAGCGGUCUAAAAAUAAUGAAACAACAUCUGAAAAGCAAAAAUAAGGAUUCAAGCAAUAUUACUCCGCUGUUAUUAUUAAUAUUAUAUUAAAGCAGCUUUUAUUAAAUGAAUUUAUAGCCAUAGUUUUUUUUAUAGAAUACUAAGUAAUAUGUAUUUUUUUUUCUAAUUCAACGUAAAGUUUUAUUGCUAACCUUAGUAAAAAUUAACCUUGAAGCCACUUAACCAUAAAUCAAAAUUAUAAACACUGCCCAGAGCCAAUAAUAACAUGAUAUUCCCUCAGAAUUUUCAUUCUUGUUUGUUGCUAUAGUACUUUUUUGGGUUUUGUGAAAUUGACACACUUUUUUUAAGUCAGGUAUAAUGCGUUUAUACUUAAGAGUUAUCUUACUAUAAUAAAUUUUAAUUUAGGCGAACUACGUUUAAAUAAAAACAUGAAAAAAAUUUAAUUUCGGUUGCAUGAAGCUUAAUACCCUUCAUAAAAAAAAAAAGUUUUCCAUACAUAGUUUGUAUGACAACAAGUGAUCCAAACUAACAAAUUUCUUUUUAUACAUUAUAGUUAUCCAAACUAAACAAUUUGUUCUGAGAUUGUACCCUUGUCUUGGGCAAUAAUCAAUGUCAAAUUUCGUAAAGACAUCUCGUCAAAUAAAAUAUCAGCACAGUUUUGAUGUCGGCGUCAAUGGAAGCUAACACGAUGACUAAAUAAAAAAUAAACUUAGAUUCUUGACAGAUUAUUUUUUUAAAUAUGUGAAUUAGCCAAUGAACCCCCUUUGUUUUUUAUAAAUAUUUGUCAGCUACUUGAAUCUGUGGAUUAGCCUGACUGAUGUUAAUAUUUUAUUUAACAAAAUGCUUUACUUUUUGAAAAAGAUGAUAACUUGUAUAAUCCACUUUAAGAUAUUGUUUUGAUAAGAAAAAAACAAAUUGUUGAAAAUAACUUUUCUAUAAAAUAGAACAAUCAACAAAAAAAUGUACACUUUGUAUAAAUACUAAUUUAACAUUUAAAGUAAUAAGUAAAAUAUUUAAAUUAAAUUAUGCGAUAGUUCGUGAAAUAUCCUAUAUUAGUAUACUUUUAAUAACGUGUUUUUAUAACUAUUUUCAUAUAUUCUUAUAGAUUCUUACAAAAAAAAGCAAACAUCCCUAAAAUAAUUAUUAAAUGAUGUGAGACAUAAAAUCGCCAUUGGAACUACAAAAAAAUGUAAACGUAUAUUACAUACAUACUGCAUGCAUACGUACAUAACAUCUUCUUAAAUAUCCUAAAGAAAAAUAAACAAUAAUGUCGCACUUUGCCAGUAGGUAUGCAAGUAUAUGAUAUAAUUUCUCAAUUUAAAUAAUAUUUAUAGAAGGUAAAAGUACGUGAAAGUAAAAUAAGUUUAAAUGUAAAAAAAUGGUUAUCUUUAAUAGUCUAAGGUAUUUAUAUACAAAUCGCAAAUCGAAAAUUUAUUUAACACUGAAUGUGCGACGUAAUUGCUACAAACAUAUAAAUAUUACCUAAAUUUACUUCGAAAUUUAUUUUAAUAUAGUUUAGCAAGCAAACAAUAUUUGCACAAUUUAAAAUCAUGUGAAAAGACUUUUUUUUAAAUAAAGCUAUAUGCAUAAUUAAAAAUCAAACUUUAUUUAUAUCUACUGAAUGCCUUUGCAUUUGUCGUAUUAAUUAAAUUUAAUUUACUCUACAAAUUGUAGGGAAAAUAAAAUUGUAAAUAUGAUUGAAUAUGACGCUACCACUUAAAUAAAACUGAAACGACAUAACAAACAGAAGCAUAUACGUAACUUUAACAACUGAGUAGAAAACAUAUUGUCACCUAAAAUGGAAAACAACGUAUCAUCAAAAAAUUCCAAAUUGAGUUUAUUUUGAUUACGUUUCACAAAAUCAUAUUACAUAUGCAAACUCAAAUUUUGUUUCUAUUUCGUAGUUUCAACUUUAUAUCGUUUUUUAAGCGGCUGCUUACUUAUUUAUUUUGCAUUGAAAAUAUCAUAGUUGGUUGCGUUGACGCACCGGAACUUAAAAGGAGUUACUUAUGGCCAAUUCACAUACAACUUUUGUUGAUUUGUUUGACAAUUCAUACUUCAACAACAUAGCGAAGAAAGCAAAGGGUAUGUCACAAUCAAUACUUGGAUUUCCGUGCUACUCGUUAAUAAAAAUUACGUCUGUUGCUUGGCAAAAUGAAAAAGAGUUGCCGAACAUUUUCCUUCGCCGUUCCUUCGCUGCGUUUUGCGUCCAUGCAAACGUACUCAUGCAAAAAAAUGACACCGAAAUUUUCUGCCCAAGCAAAAGUCUGAAAAAAGGUGAAGCAACAGUUCUAUGUGCAUGAGCCAUUAAUGUACCAACUGUAAAAGUGGUGAUGCCAGAUCAAUAAAUCAGUGCUGUUUGAAAUAGUGCUUACGCUUUGAUUAAUUGUGCGACACAAAAAUAAUGUAGUAAAAUUUUGAAUAUACUUAAAUCGAUAAUUUGAAA